AUGUCCUGGAUGUUCACGAAGCUGGCAGAGAAGGUGUGGGAGUUGCGCAGCAGCACCUCAACCAUAUCUUCACCAGGCCACGGCCAAGACAUCGACGCCAGCGAUGGGGAAUCGGACGCCGGCAGUGAGGGUUCCCUCACCUCCACAGACACCUCGCCGAGCUGCGAAGCUCGUGGGGCUGCAGACGAUGAAGCGCUACGAUGCCUCGACGUUAGCACUGAGGAGCCCAUGCACCCUCAGGAUGCGGUCAGACUGCUGCAGGAGGGCAACGACCGCUUCGUCCAAGGCACUUCCCUGGCCGUUCGAAGAAACGACGUCGUCCGACGUGAGCAUGUAGAUCUCAGUCAGCCUCCACAUGCAGCCAUCGUGGGUUGCUCCGACUGUCAGGCGUCUCUGGAGACGAUCUUCGAUUCCUUGCCAGGCGACAUCUUUGCCUUCAAGAAUGCGGGCAACACCUGCAUCCACGCCAACGGCAGCAUGGUGGCCAGCUUGGAAUUUUGCACGGAGCAGCUUGGCUGUCGCUUCAUCUUGGUCCUGGGCCACAGGAGAUGCGGUGUCCUCCAGGAUGCCUGCAAGAGCCACGCGGAGAACCAGAGAUCUGGCUGUGGCGACUGCGCCCUGAACAGCCUCCUGCACGACAUGAGCUCCGUCAUCGAUCAAGCGGCGGAGCUGGCAUCUUCCGUCUCGUUGAUUUCGGCUGAUGCAAAAAGCCCUGCCGAGAUCGCCAAGCUCGCGGAGAAGGCUGUCGAGGUCAACGUUUUCCAGACGGUGGAGCUUCUUUUGAGGUUUAGCGACACGAUUCGCCAGAAUGUACGCAGCGGGGCCGUGGAGCUCCAGGCGGCCAUCUUUGACGAGGCGUCCGGCAAGGUGGAGUUCCUGGGGCCCUCACCGAUGCAGGGGGAACUCUGUGACUGCAACGUGCCAGUACCGCCCUGGCCACUGCCGCAGGGCGAGGCCGUUUGCGCGCCCCAAGUCCAAGACAGCUCGGCGCCUGCACCAGAGGAUGCCCUGGAGUCCUUGCGGUGUGGCAACCAGCGCUACGUU